AUGAAUGCAGAAGAAUUUUUUAUAACCACUGCAAAUUCAGAUUCUAUUAUACCUCCAACAGCUCAUCAUGUAUCAAUUCAUGAAGCAGACAACACCAUCCCAAACAUGAACAGUCUCCUACAUUCGCUGUUGGUUUCUGCAAAGUAUGGCCUUUCAAAGCCCAGCCCGGAUUGUUUGGAAACUGUGUUGUACAAUGCAAAACUUCUGCGAGUGUUGCACUUAGAAAAUAUAGAACUUAAGAGCUUGCCUGAUGUAGGGAAAUUGGUGCACCUAAGGUAUCUGGGUGUGAGGCAUUCCGAAAUAACCGAGCUUCCUGAGAGCAUCAGCAAUCUUCGGAACCUACAAACCUUGGAUAUCUCCUGGUCUGGGAAUGAAUUUGAGCUGUCAAAUGGAGUUUUGAAUCUUGUACAACUGAGGCACCUGAGGAUGUUCCGGCCUAUGAAUGAUUGUAAGGUUAGAGUUCCACGAGGUAUCUCAAGACUCAGAAACCUCCAGACUCUAAACGGUAUAUACGUGGGUGGUGGCAUUGCCAAGGAGUUAGGCAACAUGACACAACUCAGAUCACUCGACGUGAGAAGUGUAUCAGAGGAUCAUGCAGGUGAGCUAUAUGCCUCUAUCAUGAAGCUAACUGGGCUUUGCACCUUGUCUCUUACUGUGGAGAGUGAGAGGGUCUCAUACAACUCCAGCAGCUAUUUUUGGUAUGAGAAUUCGCUUUUCCCCUGCUUAGAAUCCCUCUCACCUCCACCACUACUUCAAAAACUUUCACUAACCGGGCAUUUAAUCGAGAUUCCUGUUUGGCUUGGCUCAAUGGAGAACCUCACCAAGUUAUAUAUGUGCUUCUCUCAUCUUUCUGAGAACCCAACUACGAUUUUGCAGUUCCUUCCCAACUUGAAAUAUCUUUCAAUGUUCCAUGCUUACAAAGGAAAGCGUAUGGGAAGAGAGUUCUUCAGAGCUGGCGGUUUCCCAAAAUUGGAGUAUCUCAAAAUUGUUUCUCAUAAUCUGGUGGAAUGGACAGAGAUGGAAGAGGGAGCAUUGCCUUGCUUAAAACAACUCUAUUUUUGGAACUGCAUGAGACUGAUGGGUCUUCCUGAAGGAUUGCAAUAUGUGGCCACACUCCAAAAAUUGGCUUUGUUAAAUGUGCACGAGGAUCUUAUUCGGAGGUUGAGCCCCAAUGGAGGUCAAGAUAAUUAUAAGAUCAAACACAUUCCACGUGUAUCAUAUUUUGGGCAUAUGAGUUUUUAG